UUACAUAUGAACAACUUCCAAGCUGUUGUGUCGCAAUUCUUUGAGACAUCCGUCGUAGUUCGAUGGCCAUUGCCUUUCCUUGUCGUACCUCCACUUCUAACCAUCUCUCUGAUUUCAGUGGUGGCCACAGCGAUGGACUUCAGACUGAACACCACGAACGAAACGUUGCAAGUUUUUCUUCCAGACACAAUGCAGAGCAUAUCCGACCUCAAGGAGUUGAUCGAAUUAUUUCCUCCGCGUGAUGCGCAGCGAGACAGCUACAGUAUCUUUGGUUCAAAAUUCGCAUCGGUCGUUCUCGAGGACGUGGAAGGGAAUGUCGUCAGCCCUCAGGGGCUCGAGAGUGUCGCUACACUUCAUAGAUCCAUUAUAUCAUUGAAGACAACAAAAGGGAGGCGCUCCUUUUCUGAUGUCUGCCUUCGCUCCUCUGAUGGUUGUACCCUGCACCCACUCGCUUAUGCUUUCGAAGACGACGAGCCGGUACUCUCAGCUCAGUUUCUUCUACGCUAUCCAAUGCUGAUCAUAGGUGAUCUUGCCGUUGAUAAUGCUCUGGUCUUCGGUGGCGUCGAAAAAAAGGACAAUCACGGCAAUGGACCGAUCGAAUCAGCGAAAGCACUGCGGAUAUUCUACUUGCUAGAGCCAUCGCCUGAAGCAGAAAGUUGGAUUGACGCAUUCUUGGAACACAUGGCUCAUUACCACUCUAACUCAUCAUCACGCCCCUUUUGGACGUCAUCAAAGAGUUUGGCAAGUGAAAUGGAGCGAAAUAGUACUGUACGUCUGCGACAAUCAUUUAUAUUGCUACUUCCUUUUAUGCCCUGGACGGCAAUCAUCUUGUUGGUGUUCUGUAUGGUUGCCUGUUCGUCAAGGAAUGUCGUCAGGUCACAGCCAUGGAUCGGUUUCUUCGCCAUGUUGAACGCAUCGAUGUCUACGGUGGCUGCUAUGGCCCUACUGCUGUACCUGCGCUACCCGUUCCUACCCCUUGUUUUCAUCAUGCCAUUCCUCGUUGUCUUGCAUUUCAUCUACUCUGCCUUCAAGGGACCUCCUGACCCACUAUUGCCCUUUCCAGGUGUUUUCUGUACGUACUGUGCAAUGGCGAUCCUUUUCAUGUUCUUCUUUCAAGUCACCUUUUUCAACGCAGUGAUGGUGUUGUGCUGUCGACGGGAAAUCGCUAGCCGACACUCCCUAUUCUGCUAUCGGGUCUCUCGAACUGGUAAGAGAAGUAUGUUGGAGAUUUCACUGCAAAACUCAAUUUAUGAACUUUUCAGAAAUUCGAAAAAAACUGAUUUCGUCAUGUUUCUAUUUUCAGAGCUACCUCUGGGACUCGAUAUUAAGCUGCUGGCUCCGUCUGGUUCAUACUUGGCGGAGUUUUUGAAGGCCGAGGAACGGCUGUUUAAUGAGUACGGCACCUACUGUUUUGCUGUUGUUCGUCUUCAGAAUUGGUCGCUGACCAAUCCUCAGGAAAGAAGGAAAUUGUUGUCGUUAUACGAUGACCUUUCCAGGUGCUCAACUUUUGAGUCAUUUUCUCAAUCGAGAGAGUUUUGGUUGGAGGAGUUCGAGAAGCUUCACGACGGGAAAACCUUCACCAGCCUCGCUUUCAACUCUGCCCUUCUUUCGUUGUCCGCUUCAAAACCACAAUUCAGAAGCGAUAUCAGGUACUUCAAUCCAGGUGGCGAUAUACGAGCCACGAAGAUGUUAAUGAGAAUCCGUUCAUUGGGAGCAGUAAACGAGAAGCCGCGAGCUGAACUUCUUCGGAAGACCAUGUUGGAUAGCGGAUUCGACGGUUUCGUCUAUGAUACGAGCUUUUUGCUCGUCGAUCAACAACUGACUACUGUCACGGGUGUGAUUACCAACGUAGUCACCGCGAUCCUUACGAUGUUGGUCAUCUGCGUGCUUAUGGUGCCUAGGCCGCUUUCAGCCACCUGCAUUGCUGUGUCGAUUCUGUCCAUAAACCUGGGUGUUGUUGGAGCACUGUCGGCUGCUGGCAUUAGAUUGGAUAUCAUCUCCAUGAUCACCAUAGUGAUGAGUAUUGGAUUCUCAGUGGAUUAUGUCACUCACACCACCUUCCACUUCAUCGUUCAGCGCAACGACCGACUAAAGAAGUGUCUUGUGGUGAUGACAGAACCGAUCCUGCAAGCGGCCAUGUCGACUGUCGUGGGCGUGUCUCUGUUAGCCCUUGUUCCGUCGUACAUCGUUCGGACAUUUGUGAUGACCGUAUUUGCUGUCGUCGGCAUUGGGGUCUUGCACGGAUUGCUCUUCGUCCCUGUACUACUUUCAGUAAUGCACUCAAAAUGCUACUACGAUCCUGAAUGGCUGCUUUCAUAG